ACAAAUCACUCGUCACUUUUUCUCCACUUUCGCACUCUCCUCUCUUUUUUCCUUUAGAUUUCCUUCGUAUAACUCUUUCCCCAAUCGAUGGCCAAGGGCGACAAGAAACUGGCGGAGAAAAAGCCCGCCGAGAAGGCUCCGCCGGAGAAGACCAAGGCCGAGAAAAAGAUCCCUAGGGACGCGACUUCCGGCGAGAAGAAGAAGAAGAAGAAGGCGAAGAGCGUUGAGACUUACAAGAUCUACAUCUUUAAGGUUCUAAAGCAGGUGCACCCUGACAUAGGGAUCUCCAGCAAGGCCAUGGGGAUCAUGAACAGCUUCAUCAACGAUAUCUUUGAGAAACUCGCUCAAGAAUCUUCAAGACUCGCUCGAUACAACAAGAAACCUACAAUAACCUCCCGCGAGAUCCAAACCGCUGUUCGCCUUGUCCUCCCCGGCGAACUCGCCAAGCACGCCGUCUCUGAAGGCACCAAGGCCGUCACCAAAUUCACCAGUUCUUGAUCUUUGCUGCCAGAAUUAGGGUUUACUCGAUGUAUAUUUUGAAUCUUUGGUGUAACCGAAUGGUCUGUUAUCUUGGAUUUUAAUUUUUGUUAUUGUCCUUUAAUUCUUUAAUCUUGCGACUGUUUCAUACUGUUCUUCUGUUUCGUAGUCUGAAAUGUUCUUGGUUUUGACAGGCUCGUAGUCUUACAUAGUUUCUUGCAUGUCUGAUUGAUGAUGCGGAUUGAUUUUGAUAUCCAACAAUGCGGCGGUGUAAGCGUUCUUUUUGAA